AUGGAAAUCGAUGAAACUCAACAUGUUGGCGAAAACGGCGAUAUUUUCAUUCACCGUUUAAAAGUACUAACUGACGAAGAAAAACAACGUUUGGAAGCACAGAACACUAGGAUUAUACCAGAAGCCAAAGCUGCACGUUUAGAAAAAGAAGCAAAACGUCAUUGGGACAUAUUUUACAAGAGAAAUGAAACCAAAUUCUUCAAGGACCGGCAUUGGACCACACGUGAGUUUCAAGAGCUUAUAAACUUCGAGCCGGAUGAUAAGAUCACGUUUCUAGAACUAGGAUGUGGCGUGGGCAAUAUGAUAUUCCCGCUAGUCGAGGAAGGUUUCUCCAAUUUCCAUUUCUAUGCGUGUGACUUUUCACCACGUGCAGUGGAGUUUGUAAAGGCCAACAAAUUGUUUGACGAGAGCCGCAUGAAAGCUUUUUGCGCUGAUCUUACCACUGAUGAUUUAUUUGAGAAUGUAGAAGAAGGCUGUGUGGAUAUAGCUAGUCUGAUAUUCGUAUUAUCUGCAAUCCACCCGGACUCGUGGUCGCAAGUAGCCAAGGUCGCGUACCGGGCGCUUCGUCCCGGGGGCGUAUUGUUGUUUCGCGACUAUGGCCGAUAUGAUAUGGCGCAGCUACGAUUUAAGCCUGGACACAAGAUCGCUGAUAAUUUCUACAUGAGGCAAGAUGGGACCAGAAGUUACUACUUCACGGAGGAAGAGCUGCAGAAGGUUUUCGCUGAUGCUGGGUUUGAGAUCCUCAUGAACACUUAUGUACAACGCCGGACUGUCAACUUCAAAGAGGGAAUUGAUGUACCUCGCAUUUUUGUCCAGGGAAAAUAUAGAAAGCCCGCUAAAGGUUGA